UUCCUUCUUGGAUAAAGAUUGGCAUAAGUUAUCAGCAUGGGUGCAAUCACCCCACUUCUGAAGCCGAGGAUAAAGAAGAAGCGAGUGAAGAGGUUCAUUCGCCACCAGUCGGACAGAUAUGUUAAAGUGAAGAAAAAUUGGAGGAAGCCAAAGGGUAUUGAUAACAGAGUUCGCAGGAGGUUCAAGGGACAGUACCUCAUGCCCAGCAUUGGUUAUGGAAGUGCUAAGAAGACGAAACACAUGCUGCCAGACGGCUUCAGAAAGUUCCUAGUACACAACAUCAAGGAACUGGAAGUACUCAUGAUGCAGAACCGCCGGUUCUGUGCUGAGAUUUCGCAUUCCGUGUCAGCGAGAAAGCGCAAGGCAAUCGUUGAGAGGGCCGCUCAGCUGGCUAUCAAAGUAACGAACCCCAAUGCACGAUUAAGGUCGGAGGAGAACGAGUAAUUUCCUGUGUUUUCUGUAAAGUAAAAUAAAGACGUCAAUAUGUA